AUGUCUUUGAAAAGCACAGCUGCCCAAGCGGCCAACACUUUCGACAUUGUCACCCACAUCAUCAGCUACAUCGACACCCCCCACGACCUCGCCUCCCUCCUACGCACGUCCCCUACCUUCUUCCAAGCAGCAGGCCCCAAGCUCUACCGUCAAAUCACAAUCUCCAACGAGCGCAACCCUCUCCUAGGCGCCGAUCAAGAGUACGACCCAGACUACGCGGAGGAUUAUGGGCCUUAUGAUAAGGAUGUGCUGCUGUGGCAUGUGAGGGAGGUGUAUAUCGAGAGGACGGAACUUUGGUUCUGGGAGCUGCCGUGGUGCGAGACGGUGAAUGCUUAUCCGCUGCCGAAUUUGAGGACGGUGACAGUCGAGCCGGUGUCUUACGCCAAGCUACCGCAUAGCACGUACGACAGCGUCGAGAACGAUUUUUCACUCCCAUGUCCUCAACUCAUCCAUGGCCUCUGUGCCAAUGCGACACGCCUCUGCCUCUCGUCCCUCUCGCAGAAAGGGUUUGUCAACCUCAUCGUCGGGCUGAUCGGCCUUUUGCACGAGGUGACCACGCUCGAUUUGAAAGUCCGGGUCCAAGAUCUACGCGAGCUAGCGUCUAUACGCCCUUUAUUGGACGCGCAAGAGGUGGAAGAGGUCAAUCUCUAUCUCUGGGACGAAAUCUUUCCACCGCGCGAAGUCAUCCCCACCGACGACGACGACCUGAGCGACCUCAUCGUCUGGCUCGGUCUCCGCAAUUUCGCAAUGCUCUCCGACAUCGGCGAAAUCAUCCUCAAAUUCCUCGACAUCCCCUCCCUCUUCUCCCUCCAAAUAUACAACCUCCGUCAAGUUGUGGGCCGGUACAUCACAGAAGUCGAAGAGAGUUUCAGCACAGGCCCAGGCUUUCCGGGCGGAGCAAAAGACGCGUUGAUGGAGCUCGCAGGGUUCUUUGAGCAGGUCGAGAAGGAGCCGACGAUGUUGAGUGAGCAUGCGAACCCGGAAUUGGAGCUUUCUUAUCCCUCGGCGAAGGAGUGGUAUGAUGAUGAAGCUUGGGAUGGGCGGUGGGCGCCGGGGGAGCAGGCGUAUUAUGAGACGAUCGUCGAUCCGUCUGAGAAGAUGCUGGAUUUGAGACAGAAGUUGGGGAGGAGGAUGGGGAGGAAGGAAAAGUGUUUUGUGUAUCUGUCGGAGGAGCAGCUGGAGAGAAUUUGGGAUGUGGUCACCGCCAAAUCGCCCAUUCAUCCCCUCGACCGAGCUGUGUUUACACCCCGCGAAUAUCGAGAACGAACGUUCAUCAGUGAUAUGUGGAUGCACCUUACGGACUCGUUGCUCGACCUGCGGAGAGUUGAUCGGUAUCGAUGA